AUCAUGGAACCAGAAAAUCGGUCAAGUGUCUCCGAAUUUUGGUUGCUGGGAUUUUCCCAAGACUUGGCACAUCAGACUACCCUUUUUGGAGUGUUCCUGUCCAUGUUUUUGGUCACUGUGCUGGGGAAUCUACUCAUCAUCCUGGCUACCAUCUUGGACUCCUGUCUCCACACCCCCAUGUACUUCUUCCUCUCCAACCUGUCCUUUGUUGACAUCUGUUUCACCUCCACCACCGUUCCCAAGAUGCUAGUGAACCUUCAGACCCAGAGGAAAUCCAUCUCCUACGCAGGCUGCAUCACCCAGAUGUAUUUUUUCAUGGUUUUUGGAGGCAUGGACACGUUUCUCCUGAUGGUGAUGGCCUAUGACCGCUCUGUGGCCAUCUGUCACCCUCUGCACUACACAGCAACCAUGAACUCUUUCCUCUGUGGUCAGCUGGUCCUGGGGUCCUGGAUCAUCAGCUUGUCAUAUUCCUUGAUCCAGAGCCUUUUGAUGUUACGUCUGUCUUUCUGUAGCAACUGGGAGAUUCCACACUUUUACUGUGAACUGGCCCAGGCUCUCACUCUGGCCUGCUCAGAUACUCUCCUCAAUCAAAUCUUGCUGUAUGUGGUGACAGUUCUUCUUGGAUUUGUGCCUAUGUCUGGGAUCCUCUUCUCCUAUGCUCAAAUUCUGUCCUCCAUCCUGAGAAUCCCAUCGGUGGAUGGAAAAUACAAAGCCUUUUCGACGUGUACCUCUCACCUCUCUGUGGUUUUUUUAUUCUAUGGGACGGGCCUUGGUGUCUACCUCAGUUCCAACUCCGUGUCUUCCAGGAGAAAUAUGGUGGCCUCAGUUAUGUACACCGUGGUCACCCCCAUGCUGAACCCUUUCAUCUACAGCCUGAGGAACAGAGACCUCAAGAGGGCGCUGCAAAAACUUCUCAAGAGGAAAUGCUCACCUCAGUGA